AACCCUUGACAUUUGCGAACACAAAACAUUGCACAAGCAAAUUGAAACAACGUGAUUCAUAAAGUUGUGAUACGAGUGUAGUAUUUUCAAUUUUAAAAGUAACAUAUCGCUUGAUUUCAUAGCAUUGGAUCUGAACAGAAUGGCGUUGCGUACCUCUUUUGAAAACAACAAUGAAAUUGGUGUAUUUUCUAAGCUCACAAAUGCAUAUGCUUUAGUUGCAAUUGGGGGUUCUGAGAAUUUCUACAGUGUGUUUGAAGGUGAAUUGGACGAUAUCAUACCAGUUGUACGUUGCUCAAUUGCUGAUUGUAGAAUCAUUGGGCGCUUAACAGUUGGUAACAGGCAUGGCCUUUUAGUACCAAGUAACACAACUGAUCAAGAACUUCAGCACAUUCGUAACUCGCUACCUGAUUCUGUUAAAAUCCAACGAGUGGAAGAGAAGUUGUCAGCUCUAGGGAAUGUUAUUGCAUGUAAUGAUUAUGUAGCACUAGCACAUACAGAUCUAGAUAAGGAAACAGAAGAAAUUUUAGCAGAUGUUUUGAAAGUUGAAGUAUUUAGGCAAACUAUUGCAGACAAUGUUCUCACUGGUAGUUAUUGUGCACUCAGUAACCAAGGGGGAUUGGUUCAUCCAAAAACAAAGAUAGAAGACCAAAAUGAACUUUCAUCUCUUCUACAAAUACCAUUAGCGGCCGGUACAGUGAAUCGUGGGUGUGAUGUCAUCGGUGCUGGCAUGGUUGUUAAUGAUUGGUGUGCAUUCUGUGGCCAGGACACCACCAGCAUAGAACUGUCUGUCAUUGAGAGUGUGUUCAAGUUGGGAGACACAAAAGCAUCAGGAAUUGCUGCGCCAAUGAGAGAGUCACUGAUUGACAGCAUGACAUAAUACAACCAGUCAAAGGUCAGACAGAAGUCUGGACACAGAUACUGCAGGUCACCAAGUAAAUAUUUUGUAGCUCAACAUGUAUUUAGUAUCAGGAUCAAAGGCCAAACCCCUGUAUGGUAAACAAAACGGCAACAAAUAAAAUGUCAAAUAAAUUCUUAGUACUAUCAAUUAAGUUAUUGAUUAAAUAGUUUACAACAUCCCAAGAUGCUAACUGCUAACAUCCAUGAAUAAUGUGAUGUUGUCAAUACCAGACUGGUUGAAUUGAUAAUGAUAACAAUGACGAGCAAUAAUGAAUCAAGGUUCUUUAUUACACUUAUUCAACAUAUAUUUUCGCCCAGAAUAAGCAAAAAUUUGAAUUGUUUAAUUUGUGUCUUAGGAAGUGAUGACUUAUUUGAUCAUUUUAAAUGACUAAUUCAAUGUUUUAAUUGAAUUUUAAUUUUCAAGAAGUUUGCAAGACAGCAUAGCAUUCGUACAAAGUAAAUAAACAACAUAAUAUACAAAAAUACUCUAUAAUUACAGUAGUGUAGAAUUUCCAUCCCAUGAGGAUCAUGUUGAACAAAACAUUCUACAACACUACGUUAUUAAAACAGAUUGAAGUAACUAGUAUAUAUUUUUGUUUAAAAUGGUAAUGCAGUAUAUACAGCUUUGUAGUGCUUUUUUGUCGAAGGAUGCAAAGCACUCACAAGGUUCGUUACUCUCUGUAUCAAUGGCAGCACCAAUGGUAAAGUCGGGAAAAUUUCCAAACCCUGUCAGACGGGUAUUGAUCCACUGUUGUCAGAAGUUAAUUGACUAAUGAUGUUUUUUAAAUGAUACAUAGUACUGUAUCUCCAUUGUGAGUAACUGAAUUUAGGAGCUUUAUGUAAAAAUAUGUUACUUUCAAACCUGACAUAGUAUUUGUAUAGAGUACACUAUUAUGGUUGAGUAUUUGGGAGUACAGUUAAAUAUACACCAUUUAUAGUAGUGCUGAAGUAUUUAAUGAUAAUCAUCAUGAAUACAAAAUAAAAGUGAAAUUUAUAUACUA